GAUAUGUGAUUUUCUGCCAAAAAAUUAGAGUCUAAUACUACCGCCAUGUUGACCCACAUUGAUUUCCGUUGAACAUGAAGGCAUAUUUGUAGAAGAGGCAUGAAACUUGAUCCAUAUAGAAGCGUGUUCUACGCAAUGUUUACUUUGACAUCGUAUUUAUCCUUUUUGUAUCUCAAAGCGGCAUCACUUUCAGUCACAAGACAGUCUCUUUUUAGUGGUCGUUGCCUAAAUUCAAGUAGUUUCCAACCAAUUGUACUUGUUAAGCAAGCCAAGACCGAAUUUGGAAUGUUGAUUAUAUGCAAAGUUUGGCCAAUAGACACUAACAAAAGCGUAGGGAGAAAAGUUGGCGGCUAAAAGCUGGUAAAGAGCCGUUUUCAGGCAUAUCACAUCUCCUGAUUACUUUGAAUCGUGGCUUGUUAGUAUGAGUUCUGACAACGCUUUGACACUUGAAUAAAGGCGUCUUGGA